AUGGAGGACAGUGAUCGGCAUCCGGAGUCAGCAGAAGAGGAGGAAGAAGUCGUAAACGCUCCUGAUCACGCCAUGGCAGGAAGUAAGAUAAUUGAGCCGUUCAAACCGGGAGCCGCGGAGGCUUGGGAUUCCUAUCUCCAACGUUUUGGUUUUGCUGCUGCCGCGCAAGGAAUCACCAACAGCGACAGGAAGAAGGCUGUUUUUCUGAGUUGCUGCGGUGCCGAAGUUUUCGAGUUGGCCCGAGGGUUGGUGGCUCCUCUCACGCUAGAAACAGCGACGCUGGCGCAGAUAACAGACCAACUUACGAGGCACCUGGCCCCAGCAGCAACUAAGACAACACGCCGCAUAGAGUUCCAUAAUAGGAGGCAGAAGGAUGGCGAAUCGGUCUCCAUGUUCCUUGCUGAGCUGAAGGUCCUGGCGAGGCAAUGUCAGUUCGUGGCUCUUGAGGAGGCGCUGCUUGACCAGUUCAUUGGCGGCCUGAGCAGUAGUAAGGCCCGCCGUCGAAUCGCUGCAAAGGAAGAGGUGGAUCUAGCAACGGCAGUGCGCGAGGCCUUAGCCACGGAGACUGCAGAGGGGGAAAAGCAGAAAACCCCACAACGAAGCACCAGGCCGGCAGCAGAAACAGCCCACGCUAUGUGCAGCCAGGAGUCCAGCCCGUCCCAGAGCCCAUCCCGCGCCGUUGGAUCCCUGGGGGCUGGUUCAUCGGGAACAAAGGGAAGAAAACUCGACUGCCCCGGUUGUGGGGGUGCGCACGAACGUCGGAAGUGCCGGUUCCGGAAUGCCACGUGCCGCAUUUGCGGAAAAAUGGGCCACAUUGCUCGGGUAUGCAGGUCGGCUACCGGGGGAACAUCAGGAUCCCCGCGAUCGUCCCGGCGACAGGAAAACUCAUCGGCACACGUUGUGGACGACUGCAACUACCUCACCGAGAUUGAGGGCAAGACUGUUCAGUUUCCUGCUCAGGGGAAGGCAUCAAUCCAGGUCAGCAUUGAGGGCCACCCUUGCCAGAUGGAGGUAGAUUCUGGGUCAGGAUUCACGAUUGUCUCCGACAAAACAGCGAGGUCGUUUUUUUUAGGGGGUAAGCUUCCUCCAUUGGAGCCAUUCCCCGCCACAUUACAAUCGUACUCGGCCUGCAGGAUACACAUCCUUGGAAUGUGUUCCGUCAAUGUAAGUUUUAAAAACAAAAGGGCUGUGCUUAAGCUGGUGAUUGCCAAGGGAAAGCGCACUAGCCUAUUGGGAACAGACUGGUUUCCUGCUUUAGGGCUGGGCAUAUCUGGGUUGAACGCCAUAACAAUAGCCCCAAACACAUUCGAGAAGCUUUAUGAGGAGUUCACACCAUUAUUUGAUGGCAGUCUGGGGUGUUAUAAAGGGCCCCCCAUUAAUUUUGAGUUGGACCAAGGGGUGACACCAGUCCGCCUUAAACCAAGACGAGUACCAUUUGCCUUGCAGCCCAAGAUAGAGGCAGAACUCGACAAACUAGUCCAGCAAAAGGUAUUGGAACCAGUUGACUCAGCGCGGUGGGAAACCCCAAUAGUGACCCCGCUAAAGGCAAACGGGGAAGUGCGUAUCUGCGCAGACUAUAAAUGCACAAUAAAUAAGGCAAUUCGGGGAAAUUCUUACCCCAUUCCAGUGGUGUCGCAACUGCUAGCAAAGUUGGCGGGAGGCAAGGUAUUUGCAAAAAUUGAUCUUGCCCAGGCGUACCAGCGGUUACCUGUAACACCACAGACCGCAGAGGCUCAGACUAUUGUAACCCACAAAGGAACAUUUAAGGUAAACCGAUUGCAAUUUGGAGUAAGUGUAGCUCCAGGAAUAUUCCAGGGCAUUAUGGAAAGGUUAUUAAGGGAAGUACCGGGCACACUCGUGUAUUUUGAUGAUGUCCUAAUAUCGGGGAGGAACCCCCACGAGUUGGAAAGCCGCAUCAGACAGGUGCUUUACAAGUUCCAGGAAGCUGGACUCCAUCUAAAAAAGGAGAAAUGUAUUUUUGGAGUUCCUACGGUGGAUUUCCUCGGUUACACCAUUGAUGCUGAGGGAGUGCACCCCAUGGAAAGCAAGGUUAGGGCCAUCGCUAAUGCACCCAAACCCAGCAACAAAACGGAACUCCAAUCAUUUUUGGGUCUGGUAAACUUUUACCAUGCGUUUUUACCGCACAAAGCAGCGGUGGCAGAGCCCUUGCACAGGCUUCUGCAGAAGAAGUGCGUCUGGCAUUGGGGAAAGCCGCAACAAAAGGCUUUCGAAACCAUAAGGGGAAUGUUGUCUGCUGAGAGCGUUUUGGCACAUUAUGACGAAACGAAGCCCCUCGUACUUGCUUGUGAUGCAUCGCAAUAUGGGUUGGGAGCUGUGCUCAGCCACAGAGAGGCGGAUGGGUCAGACAGACCCAUCUCAUUCUAUUCAAGGACUCUUACUUCCACCGAGAGGAACUACGCGCAGAUUGACAGAGAGGCAUUGGCUGUGGUAGCGGGGGUUAAGAAAUUCUAUGACUAUGUGUAUGGGCGAUCGUUCCUAAUCGAAACGGACCACAAGCCAUUACUAGGCCUGUUUAACCCCAACAAACAAACUCCUCAAAUCCUGUCUCCUAGAAUGCUCAGGUGGUCGAUCUUUUUAAAUGGGUUCCAAUAUAAAAUAUGUCAUGUGAAAGGGAAAUUGCUCUGUCACGCAGACGCCCUCAGCCGGCUGCCACUCCAGGGAACUGGUGAUUGUGAUCCAGCACCAGCCGAACAGGUCACGAUGUUGGAAACUCUGCCAGGCGCUCCUGUGACCGCGGAAGAAGUGGCGGCCAGGACGCGAAAGGACCCCACACUCUCCCGAGUCCUCGCCUGGGUAGGGAGGGGGUGGCCCAGUGGGGGCCAAGAAGAAAAAUUCCGCCCAUUCGUAAUGCGGCAGCAUGAGUUGUCACUUCAUAAGGGGUGCAUACUGUGGGGGGACAGGGUGGUCAUUCCUAACCCACUGAGGAAUCGCAUUCUAGAGACCUUGCACAUGGGGCACCCGGGAAUGGUCAGAAUGAAAUCCCUGGCACGUUGUUAUGUGUGGUGGCCAGGGAUGGAUAAGGAAAUAGAAAUGUGGGUAAACACGUGCAAAACAUGCCAAGAGGUUCGACCUGAGGUUCCCGGGGCACCUAUUCAUUAG